AUGUCAUUCUACUAUUAUCCAAUGACUUCACACGAUAACAAUCAUAAUCACAGCCAUAUCAAUGGUAGUAUUAUACCCAAUUGUCCUACUCCCAACAAUUUUGAGGACAAAUUGCCAUCAUCUAUGGAUUCUCAUGAUGGGAAGAACAACAGUAACAGCAGUAGUAGUAAAGUACCAAAAAGCUUAAUAUCUACUCCAUCUUCAGUUCAUAUCAAAGUACAUGAACCAAUUGAGUAUUUUGGUCCUCAUUUACCAUCAUACUACAGUAACAAUAACAACAACAAUAACAACAGCAGCAGCAACAACAACAACAACGUUGCAACCACUGGUACUAACACCACUACUUCAACUACUCCUUCUUCUUCUACUACUUCUCAACCUUUGUCACCACCAUUGUCUCCAUACCAAAGAAAUGCAGAGUUGAAUAAACCAAUUCAGUUACCCCAAUUCACCGACAAUGAAACCAAAACUGAACAUCCAAAGCCAGUACAUCAACACAAACCAUCAUUUCUCAAUAACGGUAAAGAAUUCAAAUUGGAAAACUUCAAGGAUUAUAUCCUCACUGUCAAUAUCAAACCAACCAAGAAAUACUACAAUCAUCAAUUUGAAUUUCUUGACAAGUACUCAACCAAUGCAUCAAUUGAAAACAAAAACUAUAUUGCAUCGUUACCAACUCGUAGGUACAAAAAGAGACUUAAUUACGACUCAAAUGAUGAAUUAACUGAAGACAACACUACAACAGUAACUAGAGGCACACGUACUAGACGUUUACCUAAAUCAUAUGAAGAUAGUGAUUUGGAUUCUUCUUCACUACCAUCACCAAAAAAGAGACGCAGACCAAAUAAUACACCCGGCAAUGCAACUAGUGGCAGCAGUACACCAAUCCCCAUCGCAAUUCAACAACAAAUGUUAAUUGACGAAUCCAUACCGGACUAUUCGCCCGAUGCGCAAGCCACCUUACCCGCCAGCAAUUCCAAAUGUCUCAAGAUUGAAUGGAAGGGUCAACCAAUGGACUUAUCUCAAGAUCCCAAUUUGUCGAAAUAUCCCAAUUUACAUCCAGCUGAAAUUGUGUUGGCUAGUAUUUUGAGAUUGCCAAUUGCUGUCUACAUGGAUUCGAAAAGACGAUUCUUUUUUGAAAAGGUCAACAAGAUCAAACUGGGCAAGACAUUUAGACGAACUGAUGCACAAAAGGCAUGUCGUAUUGAUGUCAAUAAGGCGUCAAGAUUAUAUGCUGCUUUUGAGAAAGUUGGAUGGUUGGAAGAUGAAUUGUUUGAAAAGUAUCUAUAA